AGAAUGGGUGUCUCCUGGGAUGGUCUAGCAGGACAAUUAAAACCCCUAUAAAUAGGAUGGGUUUUCAAGUCUCCAAUAUCCUCUCUGGCUUCUCAAUCUUCUCCUCAUUCCUUCUUAAGCAGGUUCACUCAUUUUUGCUAAAAUGGCUCAACUUCUGAACAGCAUACUCACUGUGAUCAAGGUUUUCCAGAAAUACGCUAAAGAGAAUGGGAAAUGUACAUCGCUGUGCAAGAAGGAGUUGAAGCAGCUGCUCUUAGCUGAGUUUGGAGAUAUCCUCCGGAGACCAAAUGACCCAGACACAGUGGAAACCAUCCUGAGCCUCUUGGAUAAAGACAGAAAUGGAUAUGUUGAUUUUCAUGAAUAUCUCUUGUUGGUGUUCCAAUUGGCCCAAGCCUGCUAUCAUGAACUGGAUAACAAGUCAUAUGGUGAUAGAAUCUCUCAGCAAGAAGGGGAGGAGGGAACACGAGACCAUAAGUUUCCAGGAAAUAGAGGUAGACAGCAGAGGCAGAGGCAUGAAGAAGAAAGGCAGGACUCCCACUGUACUCAGUCUGAGAGACAAAACCAGGAUAUCCACCAGGAUCAGUCUGAUAGACAGGAUAGGGAUUUCCACUAUGGUCAGCUUGAGAGACAGGAUAGAGACUCCCACUAUGGUCAGUCUGAAGGACAGGAUAGGGACUCUAGCAAUGGUCAGUCUGAGAGACAGCGUAGGGACUCCCACUAUGGUCAGUCUGAGGGACAGGAUAGAGACUCCCACUAUGGUCAGUCUGAGGAACAGAAUAGAGACUCCCACUACAGUCAGUCUGAAGGACAGGAUAGAGACUCCUGUGAUGAUCAAAGAUGGGGUCAUAAAUCUAGCAGUAGUCAGUCUAAAAGACAAGGAUAUAUCUUUGCCUUAAAUCAGAGUGAGAAACAAGUUCACAAUUCUCAUUAUGGCCAAAUAAACCAACAGGAAUCAGGCUCUUAUUAUGGACAGUCUCGGGGUUUGGAUCAGGAAUCAGCAUAUGGUCAGAGAGAGAGACAAAAAUUGGACUCCCAAUACGGUCAGACAGACAGAAAAAGCCAGAGUUCUCUCUAUGGUCAGACAGACAGACAAGGCCUAGGUUCUCAGUAUGGCCAGACAGAGAGACAAGACCAGAUUUCUCACGAUGGGCAGAUAGACAGACAAGGCCAGAUUUCUCACUAUGGUCAGACAGACAGACAAGGCCUGGGUUCUCAGUGUGGCCAGACAGACAGACAAGGCCAGAUUUCUCACUAUGGUCAGACAGACAGACAAGGCCAGAUUUCUCACUAUGGUCAGACAGACCGACAAGGCGUAGGUUUUCAGUGUGGCCAGACAGACAGACAAGGCCAGAGUUCCCACUAUGGCCAGACAGACAGACAUGACCAGAGUUCUCACUAUGGUCAGACAGACAGACAAGGCCAGAUUUCUCACUAUGGUCAGACAGACAGACAAGGCCAGAUUUCUCACUAUGGUCAGACAGAAAGACAAGGCUUAGGUUCUCAGUAUGGCCAGACAGACAGACAAGGCCAGAUUUCUCACUAUGGUCAGACAGACCGACAAGGCGUAGGUUUUCAGUGUGGUCAGACAGACAGACAAGGCCAGAGUUCCCACUAUGGCCAGACAGACAGACAUGACCAGAGUUCUCACUAUGGUCAGACAGACAGACAAGGCCAGAUUUCUCACUAUGGUCAGACAGACAGACAAGGCCAGAUUUCUCACUAUGGUCAGACAGAAAGACAAGGCUUAGGUUCUCAGUAUGGCCAGACAGACAGACAAGGCCAGAGUUCCCACUAUGGCCAGACAGACAGACAAGGCCUAGGUUCUCAGUAUGGCCAGACAGACAGACAAGGCUUAGGUUCUCACUAUGGUCAGACAGACAGACAAGGCCAGAGUUCCCACUAUGGCCAGACAGACAGACAUGGCCAGAGUUCUCACUAUGGUCAGCCAGCCAGACAAGGCCAGGGUUCUCACCAUGGCCAUGGUCAGACAGACAUACAAGGCCAAGGUUAUCAUUAUAGCCAAACAGAAAGACAAGGCCUAAGCUCUCAUUAUGGCCAGACAGACCGACAAGGCCAGGGUUAUCAUUAUGGUCAGUCAGACAGACAGAGCCUGAGCUCUCACUAUAGUCAGUCAGAGAUUAGAGAAACAGGACAAAAUAGUUACCACCAAGGGAGUGAGGGAACAAACAGAGACUCAUGUGUUGAGCAAUCAGGAAGGUCAGGGAGACCAAGUCAACAGACUCUGGGGCAGGGAGUAACCCAAAAUCAAGGGCAGAGAUUCCAGUCUAGGGAAGGGCAACAGAAUAGCCAUCAGGCAUGGGAGCCUGAGGAUAGCCAAUACCACCAACACAAACUCAUAGCACAAAUCCAGCAAGAAAGGCCAUGUAGUUACAAAAGGGGUGACUGGCAAUCAUGUAGUAGUGAGCAGGACCACAUACAGGCCAAGGCCAGGCAAAGUCAUGGAGAUGGACACAGCCACCACGCCAAGGAAGAGCAGGGCCACCAAAGCUGGGGCAGACAUGGUUGUGAGAAUAAAGAAACUCCACAGGAGAUGCAGGCCAGGCAAACCCAUGAUAAGGAACAAAGCCUUCAGGGACAGGAGAGGCAAACCCACGAAGAUGAGCAGACCCAUCAGAGGAGGGACAGGCAAACCCGUGAAGGUGAGCAAACCCAUCAGAGACAGGACAGGCAAACCCAUGAAGAUGAACAGACCCAACAGCGACAAGAUAGGCAAUCCCAUGAAGAUGAACAGGCUCGUCAACCACAAGACAGACAAACUCACGAAGAUGAGCACACCUAUCAGCGUCGAGACAGGGAAACUGAUGACAAGAAUCAAAACUGUCAGCAACAAUGGGAUAGGCAAACCCUUAAGGAGGAAGAAAGGUAUCAAGGGUCCCAGGAUCAACAAUCUUAUGGGACUGAGCAAGGCUGUGCAAAUAGAGAAAAAUUCCAAAUGAAUGAGAAUAGCCAGAGGCAAGGCUCCCAGGGAAGACCCAGUAACCUGACCCUCCAUCCCACCCAGAGGGGUGGGAGGCUCCCAAGGAGAGAACAGGGUGGAAGUUACCCUACCAAGGCAGCUCCUGCUCCCAAUCCCCUCUAUGACUACGUACAAGAUCAGAAAAGGAAUCAACACUAGGCUGUGCACACACCACAGCUAAAGCAACUUGAAGCCAAAGAAGAAAUCUACAUGUCAAGUUUAUCUUUACUUCUGUUUAAGAGAUUGAAAAUGUACAUCUUCCUUCCCUCCUAUAUCUAUUUGCAAGGAUGCUUUUGAAUACUAGUACUCACUUUUUAGGGCAUUUUCAUUCUUUGAGUAGAAAUUCUAGGGUAUUCUAUUAAGUUAAAUCUGAGUGGUAAGUUGGGAGACAUAAUCAGAUCCCAAUUUUGGUUAGUUUGGGUAUUUAAAUCAUUUCCUGGUUUUCCCUCUGUUUAGGUGGGUCAUGGUUAGAUCAUUGAAUAGCAGAAACUUCUCCCAAAAGUUCAGAAACAGGAAAAGUAUUCUGAAGAUAUAUGUAUUAUAGCCUGAAGACAAGACACUUGGGCUUUGAUGAUCUUGGGUUCCUGUGGACAAAACACCAGAAAUUGCAAACCUCAUAGUCUACACUACAAUGAAACAUGGUGAGAGGCUUCUAGAAGAGUCAUCUCUGAAGUCCAUAACAUGCCAAGUUUCCCAUCCUUUGCCACAGGGGCUGUCCCUUGAGCUGCUAUCACUACAGCUGACUGGACUGGUUCCAGCCCCAUACCUACCCAGUUUCUGAUCAUAUAAAACAGAAAGCAUAUGUCAUCUGCUUACAAAUUCCAACAAGCCAAAACUGUCCAUCCAUAGCUCUUGAAAACCCUUCAAAGAAAAUCUGUGGAAUUGUAUUAAUAUACCCAAUAAAUGAUUGGUGAGCAAUGA